UCCUCGGCGCCCGCCACGCGCCCGCGCUGCUCUGCCUGCUCGUCCUCUCCGAGCACACGCCUGCCGAGAAGAUCCCAAUCGGUGCCAUCUUCGAGCAGGGGACGGACGAGGUGCAGACGGCGUUCAAGUACGCGAUGCUCAGCCACAAUCAGAACGUCACCGGCUCUAACAGCCGCCGCUUCGAGCUGCAGGCGUUCGUUGACGUUAUUAACACUGCCGACGCCUUCAAGCUGUCCAGGCUUAUCUGCAGCCAGUUCUCGAGGGGAGUAUUUUCGCUACUCGGAGCCGUCAGCCCGGACUCGUUCGACACGCUGCAUUCCUACAGCAACACCUUCCAGAUGCCCUUCGUCACGCCGUGGUUCCCAGAGAAUGCGUUGGCCCCAACGUCCGGCCUGCUGGACUACGCGCUCAGCAUGCGGCCCGACUACCACCAGGCCAUCAUCGACGUGGUGAGGUACUACGGCUGGACUAGCGUCGUCUACCUGUACGACUCCAACGACGGUCUGCUGAGGCUACAGAACAUCUACCAGAACCUGCGUCCUGGUCCGAAGGCUCUGAACGUAGCAGCCGUGAAACGAGUCCAGAACGCGUCGGAAGCCAUCGACUACCUGCACAGCCUGGAGGAGGUCAGCAGGUGGACCAACAAGUACGUUGUCUUGGACUGCCCCACGGAGAUGGCGAAGGAGAUCGUCGUGACUCACGUACGCGACAUUUCACUGGGCAAGAGGACCUACCACUACCUGCUCAGCGGACUGAUAAUGGAUGACCACUGGGAGACAGACGUGACGGAGUACGGCGCCGUCAACAUCACGGGCUUCCGGAUCGUGGACGGCAGUCGGAACUUCGUGCGCGACUUCCUCGAUGGCUGGAGGAAGAUCGACCCCAGCACGUCUCCAGGCGCGGGCCGGGACUACAUCUCGGCCCCCGCGGCGCUGAUGUACGACGCCGUCUUCGUGCUGGUGGAGGCGUUCAACCGGCUGCUGCGCAAGAAGCCGGACGUGUUCCGGGCCAACUUCCGCCGCGGCCAGGUCUUCAACAACGGCAGCCGCGGCAUCGAGUGCAACACCAGCAAGGGCUGGGUCACGCCCUGGGAGCACGGCGACAAGAUCCUGCGCAUCCUCAGGAAGGUGGAGCUGGAGGGUCUGACUGGUGAAGUGCGGUUUAACGACGACGGUCGUCGCCGUAACUACACGUUACAAGUAGUCGAAAUGACAGUCAACAGCGCAAUCGCUAAGGUAGCUGAAUGGUCCGACGAACUGGGUCUGACUCCUGUAGCUGCCAAGUACAUGAGGCUCAGAACGAGUUCGGAUAGCAAGAAGAACAAGACGUACAUCGUGACCACCAUAGUGGAGGAGCCGUACGUAAUGAUCCGGACGGAGGAACCAGGAGAGAACCUGACGGGCAACGACCGCUUUGAGGGAUACUGCAAGGACCUGGCAGACCUCAUCGCCCAGAAGCUCGGCAUCAAUUACGAGCUGAGGAUAGUGAAGGACGGCCAAUACGGAGCGGAGAACCCGGAUGUGGAGGGAGGCUGGGAUGGAAUGGUGGGGGAGCUCGUCCGCAAGGAGGCGGACAUCGCGAUCGCGUCGAUGACGAUCACGUCGGAGCGGGAGCGCGUGAUCGACUUCAGCAAGCCGUUCAUGUCGCUGGGCAUCAGCAUCAUGAUCAAGAAGCCGGUGAAGCAGAAGCCGGGCGUGUUCAGCUUCCUGAACCCGCUCAGCAAGGAGAUCUGGGUGUGCGUCAUCUUCUCGUACGUGGGCGUCAGCAUCGUGCUCUUCAUCGUGUCGCGCUUCUCGCCCUACGAGUGGCGCCUGCUGCAGCCCGCCUUCCAGGAGCCCCCCGGGCUCGCAUUCGUCAGCGGGCCCGGACCCUGCCCGGCCGACGGCGUCGCCAACGAGUUCAGCAUCCUCAACAGCCUGUGGUUCGCCCUCGGGGCCUUCAUGCAGCAGGGCAGCGACAUAGCGCCCAGGUCGAUCUCGGGCCGCAUCGUGGGCAGCGUGUGGUGGUUCUUCACGCUGAUCCUCAUCUCGUCCUACACGGCCAACCUGGCCGCCUUCCUCACCGUCGAGCGGAUGGUGGCGCCCAUCAACAGUCCCGAGGACCUGGCCUCGCAGACCGAAGUCGAGUACGGCACGCUCUACCACGGCUCCACCUGGGACUUCUUCAGGCGGUCACAGAUCACGCUGUACAGCAAGAUGUGGGAGUUCAUGAACUCACGCAAGCACGUGUUCGUGCGCACGUACGACGAAGGCAUUAGACGGGUGAGGACCUCCAAGGGCAAGUACGCGCUGCUCAUCGAGUCUCCCAAGAACGACUACACCAACGAGCGGGAGCCGUGCGACACGAUGAAGGUCGGCCGCAACCUGGACGCCAAGGGCUUCGGGGUCGCCACCCCCCUAGGCUCGCCCCUCAGGGAGAAAAUAAAUUUAGCAGUCCUUUCUCUGACCGAAAAUGGCGAGCUAACAAAACUUAAAAACCGUUGGUGGUACGACCGCACGGAAUGCAAGCAUAGUGACAAGCAGGAUGCAUCUCGAAAUGAACUUUCAUUGAGCAACGUCGCUGGUAUAUUUUACAUCCUGAUUGGAGGGUUGCUGUUUGCUAUGGCUGUGGCUCUGUUGGAGUUUUGUUACAAAUCUCACGUCGAAGCGUCUAAAUUGAAGAUGUCACUGUCUGAUGCCAUGAAAGCGAAAGCAAGGUUGACAAUUGGAGCAGGGAUCGAUUUUAACAAUCAAAGGUACUACACGCCAACCCACCAGAUAAACAGCAUUGAUAAUGAUCAGCUGCACAGCAACACACACACUCAAGUUUAAUUGAGUGCUAUGUACUUGUAUAUCUGGACGUCAUAAAAAUGAACAAUCUGAACUGCACUGCACUCGUCAAGAAAGAGGGGGACACUUCAACACGACUAAUCAAGAGAUGUUCUACGCAGAUAUAUGUGUAUCUCUGCGACUUGUGAUUGUUUACUGCUCCAGGAACCACAGGAACCACUGAGUGCGCAUUCCUAGAACUGUAUCAGAGGAUGGUCGACUUCUACAACUUUUUUCCAAAAUACAAAUCAAAGAGACAAUUUGUAUGCAACUUACUUAGAAAAUGUUAAUUAGAAAAGGUUAAUUAGUUGAGUACUUUCGAUCCUCAACUUACUUGUAUUCCAUUAAUUCUUCAAAGAAAUUUUAAUAUUUGCGUUGUGUGAGUUAAAGUCAUGAGAUGCAUACAAAUUUUUUCUUUCAAAUAUA